CUCAUGAUUAAGGAAACUGCAUCAUUAAUAUUGGACUAUAAAAGUAAGUGCAAAACAGAACAAAAUCAUUUUCAGUUGCAAUGGGAAUCUGCGGAUCUGUUGAAUCCCGGGAGAUUCAUGAUGCUGAGGAUGGCAAUGAAAAUGUGAUAUUCUUGCAAGGAAAUAAAGUUUCUAAUGGAGCUCUGGUCCUUUGUUCUCUUUACUCUAAGCAAGGGAGCAAAGGACUAAACCAAGAUGCUGCCAUUCUUCACCAGGGCUAUGGAGUGGAAGACGGAGCUUUAUGUGGUGUUUUUGAUGGGCAUGGGAAGAAUGGUCAUGUAGUGAGCAAGCUAGUAUGUAACCACCUGCCUUCACUCUUAUUAACCCAAAAGAGCUCUCUCUCAAAGAUUAAUACAGCAGUAGCAGAUGAUGAUAGUUUGCAAAAUCAUAUGGAGGGAAUAGAUGAUGAAUCAAUGCCAAGCAAGAGUUUCCAUACAUGGAAAGAGGCUUGUAUCACUGCCUUCAAGGCCAUGGACAAGGAGAUAAAGCUGCAAGAGAAUUUGGACUGCUCUUCUAGUGGAACCACUGCAGUAGUUGCUAUAAGACAGGGUGAAGAUCUUGUUAUAGCUAAUCUUGGGGAUUCAAGGGCAGUCUUAGGAAUGAUGACCGAGAAUGGAGUCACGGCCUUUCAGUUAACCACAGACUUAAAGCCAGGCUUACCUUGUGAAGCAGAAAGAAUAAAGAACUGCAAUGGCCGGGUGGCCGCACUGAAACAAGAACCACACAUCCAACGAGUGUGGCUGCCCCACGAAGACACUCCGGGCCUAGCCAUGUCACGAGCCUUUGGAGACUUCGUACUCAAAGACCAUGGCAUUAUUGCCAUCCCUGAUGUCUACUAUCACCGCCUAACUUCUAAUGACCAAUUCAUUAUCCUUGCAACUGAUGGGGUCUGGGAUGUUCUCAGUAAUGACCAAGUUGCAGCCAUUGUUUGGGCUGCAGAGAGUGAACAGGCAGCAGCAAGAGUUGUGGUGGAGGCGGCUACCACAGCAUGGAGGAAGAAGCACCCUACUGCAAAAGUAGAUGACUGCAGUGUGGUUUGCCUCUUUUUGCAAAAAAAGUAACACUUGUGCCAGUGGACAGACUACAAAAACCUUUCGUCCUCUGUAAUGGCCCUUCCUGUGUCUGGAAUGACCUUUUGGCGAAAUUUUGAGUUGUUUUAACAUUGAAAGUGUAAUUUUUCAAGAUUUCGAAGCCA